AUGGCUUCUGGGAAUCAUACCCGCGUGGCCGAGUUCAUCCUGAUGGGAAUUUCUGAGCGCGCAGAGCUGCAAAUCCCCCUCUUUCUUGUCUUCCUGGUCAUCUAUGGACUGACGGUCAUUGGGAACCUGGGCAUCAUCACGCUCACCAGCACUAAUCCUCGGCUUCACACCCCCAUGUACUUCUUCCUGCGACACCUGGCCAUCAUCAACCUCGGGGACUCUACUGUCAUUGCCCCUAAAAUGCUGAUCAACUUCUUAGCAGCCAAGAAGAGCACUUCGUACUAUGAAUGCGCCACCCAACUGGGCGGCUUCCUGGUUUUCAUUGUGGCUGAGAUCUUCAUGCUGGCGGUGAUGGCCUAUGACCGCUACGUGGCCAUUUGCAACCCUCUGAUGUACACGGUGGUGGUGUCCCGGCAGGUCUGCGUCCUGCUGGUGUCUCUCACUUACCUCUACAGCCUGUUCACCGCGGUGGUGGUCACCUCUUGUGUGUUCUCCGUGUCCUAUUGCUCCUCCAACGUCAUCAACCAUUUCUACUGUGAUGACAUCCCUUUGUUAGCAUUGUCCUGUUCAGACACCUCUGCUCCAGAAACAGCUGUGUUCUUCUUCUCCGGGACCAAUUUGUUUUUCUCCAUGAUUAUUGUUCUGAUAUCCUACUUCAACAUUAUCCUGGCCAUUUUGAGGAUACGCUCUUCGGAGGGGAGGAAGAAAGCCUUUUCCACCUGCGGUUCUCAUCUGGCGGCAGUCACGAUCUUCUACGGGACUCUUCUUUUCAUGUACCUGCAACCCCGGACCAACCACUCCUUGGACACGGACAAAAUGGCCUCUGUCUUCUACACCUUAGUGAUACCCAUGCUAAACCCUGUGAUUUACAGCCUGAGGAACAAGGAUGUAAAGGAAGCUUUGAAAACAUUCCUCAGGAGCUCCUGCCUGUCAUGCAAACCCCUGUUAACUUGA